CCGCCGCUGGGCGGGCCAGGGCGACGCCGCUUCCGCCCGGUGCCAAGAUGGCGGCGCCCUUUGUCUGGUCGGUGUCACGGUGAGGGCCGCGGGCUGCGGGUGAGGCCCCGCCGGGCCCGGCAUGGCAGGAUCCGUUCCUGGAAAUGAGGACAGAGCCCUGUGGGCAGAGGCAGCGAGGGUUGGGGCCGCGUUGUUCCCCGAGCUGACGCACGAGGCGGGAGAUGACGGAUGGCUGCAUAGAGACUGACCUGAACACCUGGAAAGGGGAAAUCUCUGCAGGAGAGACACAACCCUCUGGCCCGCGAUCCUCUGGGUAUCUCUGCUCCCUGCAGCACAGGGGUGAGCUCGGGCACCACUCCUGGGGAUUGGGUCCAGCCAUGGAUUUCCCGCAGCACAGCCAGCAGGUGCUGGAGCAGCUGAACCAGCAGCGGCAGCUGGGGCUGCUCUGCGACUGCACCUUCGUGGUGGACGGCAUCGACUUCAAGGCCCACAAGGCCGUGCUGGCCGCCUGCAGCGACUACUUCCGCAUGCUCUUCGUGGACCAGAAGGACGUGGUGCACCUGGACAUCAGCAAUGCUGCAGGCCUGGGCCAGGUUCUGGAGUUCAUGUACACGGCUAAGCUGAGCCUGAGCCCUGACAACGUGGAGGAUGUGCUGGCCGUGGCAGGUUUCCUGCAGAUGCAGGAGAUCGUCAGCGCUUGCAACGCACUCAAAUCUCUCUCUGUGCCCCCAGAAAAUCCCCCUGGGGUGAACCAGCAGCCCCCUGAGAUCGGAGCCGACAAGGUGCCGGCUGAUGACAAGACAUCGGCGGUGGCAGAAGCUCUGGGGGAGCCUGACAAAGCCAAAGCAGCUGCUCCCGACACCGAGGGGAAGGAGGGGAAGCCGGAGGCCGCGGCACAGCCUGAGGUGCCUGCGGAGCAGCCGGCUGGCCAGGAAGGUGAGCCAGCGAGAGGUGACAGCCUGGGUCCUGCUGUCACCCCCAGCACACCCUGUCCUGACACUCCGGCGCUCACAGGGACGGGCGCUGCCAUCCAGGAGGAUCCCAAGGCCGACGUUCCCGGGCUCCCGCAGCCGUUGGAGAGCGCGGUGGGCAGCGGCAGCCUCGCAGCCACGGACACCACCGGGACAGUUGGAAAUACAGGUGGAUUUGUGACUCUGGUGCCACUCCCAAAUUUGAGCAUCCCCAUUUUCUACCAUCCUACAGAGAUGAAGCUGGAAAGGAAGGAGGAAGAGGGGGAGAUGAUAGUGGAGGAGGAAGAUGAGGGUAAAAUCCCCAAGGAGGAGCCUCCCCAGCUGGAGAACGGGGAAAACACUGAGGAUAACGAGUCGGGAAGCACGGAUUCCGGGCAGGAGAACUCCGGGGAGCCGCGCCUGCUGCGCUCCGGCACCUACAGCGACCGCACCGAGUCCAAGGCCUACGGCUCCGUCACGCACAAGUGUGAGGACUGCGGGAAGGAGUUCACCCACACCGGGAACUUCAAGCGGCACAUCCGUAUCCACACCGGAGAGAAGCCCUUCUCGUGCAGGGAGUGCAACAAGGCCUUCUCCGACCCGGCUGCCUGCAAGGCCCACGAGAAGACACACAGCCCACUGAAGCCGUACGGCUGCGAGGAGUGUGGGAAGAGCUACCGGCUCAUCAGCCUGCUGAACCUGCACAAGAAGCGGCACACGGGCGAGGCCCGCUACCGCUGCGAGGACUGCGGCAAGCUCUUCACCACCUCGGGCAACCUGAAGCGGCACCAGCUGGUGCACAGCGGGGAGAAGCCCUACCAGUGUGACUACUGCGGGCGCUCCUUCUCCGACCCCACCUCCAAGAUGCGCCACCUGGAGACGCACGACACCGACAAGGAGCACAAGUGUCCCCACUGCGAAAAGAAGUUCAACCAGGUGGGGAAUUUGAAGGCUCACCUGAAGAUCCACAUCGCAGAUGGGCCCCUGAAGUGCCGGGAGUGCGGGAAGCAGUUCACCACCUCAGGUAACCUGAAGCGGCACCUGCGGAUCCACAGCGGGGAGAAGCCGUACGUGUGCGUGCACUGCCAGCGCCAGUUUGCCGACCCCGGCGCGCUGCAGCGCCACGUCCGCAUCCACACCGGAGAGAAGCCGUGCCAGUGCUUGAUCUGCGGGAAAGCCUUCACCCAGGCGAGCUCCCUCAUCGCCCACGUGCGCCAGCACACCGGGGAGAAGCCCUACGUGUGCGAGCGCUGUGGGAAGAGGUUCGUCCAGUCGAGCCAGCUGGCCAACCACAUCCGUCACCACGACAACAUCCGGCCCCACAAAUGCACCGUCUGCAACAAAGCCUUCGUCAACGUGGGCGACCUGUCCAAGCACAUCAUCAUCCACACAGGGGAGAAGCCAUUCCUGUGUGACAAGUGCGGGCGUGGCUUCAACCGCGUGGACAACCUGCGCUCCCACGUGAAGACUGUGCACCAGGGCAAGGCUGGCAUCAAAAUCCUGGAGCCCGAGGAGGGCGACGAGGUCAACAUCGUCACGGUGGCGUCCGAUGACAUGGUGACAUUGGCCACCGAGGCGCUGGCUGCCACCGCUGUCACGCAGCUCACAGUGGUGCCCGUGGCGGCCGCGGUGACAGCAGACGAGACUGAAGCACUUAAAGCUGAGAUCACCAAAGCGGUGAAGCAGGUGCAGGAGGCAGACCCCAACACGCAGAUCCUUUAUGCCUGUGAUUCCUGCGGGGAGAAGUUCCUGGACGCCAGCAGCCUGGCGACGCACGUGCGCAUCCACACGGCCCAGGCGCUCGUCAUGUUCCAGGCGGAGCCCGACUUCUACCAGCCCUACGGCGCCGCGGGCUGGCCGGCAGAGCAGGUCAUCCCCGCCGGGGAGCUCCUCUUCCGCCCCCGCGACGGCCCCGAGCCACCCCCGGCCGCUGCCCCGGCCCCCCCGGCCGAGGGGCCGCCCCCGGCCCCCGAGUGACCCCGCCCCCGCCCAGCCUUUAUUUAAGAGACAGCUCGGAAAUGGUGUAAAAAGUGUAUUUCUGGAAGGAAAGAGAUGGAAUAAAAUGCAGUAUUUUGUAA